UUAACGAAACCAGUCGAACACCAAUCGCGACUGACAGGAGUGGUGUUCGUCGGCGAAGAGCAGAGCGAAAGCUAUGGUGUGAACAAGAUGAAGGAAUCACGCAUGAAACGUCGAAUAGCUGAUGCGAAAAAGAAUGCACGACCUGAGUUGAAAGCCGACGAAUGGAAUCGAUUGAAUUAUGCGGAGAAGUGGUUGUGGUCGGAAGAUCUGUUGCAUGGUGAUAACAUCGAACGUGUUGAUGCCAGCCACUUGAGUGUUGACGAGUUUGUGAAACGUUAUGAAACACGCCGAAUUCCGAUCAUCCUGACGGGUCUCACUCAGAGUUGGCGUGCAUCAAGCAAGUGGACUUUAGAGGCGAGCAAGAAAUACCGGAACCAGAAAUUCAAAUGCGGUGAGGACGAUGAUGGCUACUCGGUGAAGCUGAAAAUGAAAUAUUUCAUUGAAUAUAUGCAAACGACAAACGAUGAUUGCCCGCUGUAUAUAUUCGAUAGCAGUUUCGGUGAGCGACAUAAAACGCAGAAACUACUGAAUGACUAUGAAGUGCCGCAGUUUUUCAAAGAUGAUCUGUUUGGAUAUGCAAGUGAAAAGCGACGACCACCGUAUCGAUGGAUUGUCAUUGGACCGAGCAGAUCGGGAAGUGGCAUUCAUAUUGACCCAUUGGGAACAAGUGCUUGGAACGCAUUGAUUUUUGGACAGAAGAAGUUCUUUCGUCGCCCUUUGUUCGAAAAUUUUUGUUAUGAAGCAGUGCAAAUUUUCAUUUUAUGGUGUUUUUUGCAUCCAGAAUCGCCGAAAAAUUUGCUGAAACCGUUCAGAGACGAAUGCGGUAAACAUCCAGAUGAACCGACCACUUGGUUUACGAGUGUUUACGAACGAAUGAAAGCGGACGAUUGGCCGCAGCAGUUGAAACCAAUUGAAGCGGUUCAGCACCCUGGUGAGGUCAUCUUCGUUCCGUCUGGUUGGUGGCAUGUGGUACUGAAUUUGAGUGAAACAGUUGCGGUGACACAGAACUUUUGUUCGCUAACAAAUCUGCCAGGAGUUUGGCGAAAAACGUUGAGGAAACGGCCGAAUUUCGCCAAACACUGGCUACGGUCAAUUCGAAAACAUCGUCCAGAACUGCUUCCGAUCAUGCAGCAAGCGGCGAGGGAAGAAACAGACGUGGACAUGGCGUCAUCGGAUGAUUCGAGUUCAUCAUCGAGUUCGUCGUCGUACAGUACCGGUGAUUCAGAUUUACUUGAUGAUUCCACUAAUGGCGGUGGCGAUGCGAACAGAAAACACAAGCGACGGUUGUCUGCGACUGAGGAGAACUGCCACACUGGCAGUACGAAGGGCGAAUGUGUGGCCAAAAUUCGACGGAGCCCAAAGUAA